CCAGCAAGCACAUACAAAGCAGUUGCAGGGACAGUGGGAUUGAUUUGGUGACUUGUGUGAAAGAAGCAAAGCACAUAGUUAUCACUGAGCAGGGACUGACUUUCUGGAAGUGAUAUACUCCUGAAUCCCAGGGAUCAAGAGCUGAAGAGUUGUCACUGUCAUAAUGUGCAGUUCCGGGUCUUAUGGAGUGUAAAAAAUGGUUGGUUGUGCCAGUGUAUUGUGAAGACCUCAAGAAACACCAACAGUUUCUCCACUCAGUUUUCAUGAUGUAAAUGAAGUCUGGCUUUUCCCCAAUGGGCAGAUAAACCAUGGACAGGCUAAAAAAAAAGUUUUGGACUGUCUUUAUAAACUAGGCUUCACCUUCCCUCUUGGAAACCUAUUAAAGGAUUACAGUUGAAACAGACAAGAGAAAAGGAAACCUUGAACUGGAAAGUUAACCUACAAUGAGAAUUACGAGCACAUCUUGUAUCUGCCCAGUCCUAGUUUGUCUCUGUUUUGUUCAGAGAUGUUAUGGAGCUGCUCACCAUAGCUCCAUCAAGGUGACUAGAAAUCAAACUAAACACAUAGAAGGUGAAACAGAAGUACACCAUCGUCCCAAACGUGGAUGGGUGUGGAACCAGUUCUUUGUUUUAGAAGAGCACAUGGGACCAGAUCCUCAAUAUGUGGGAAAGCUACACUCCAAUUCCGACAAAGGUGAUGGAUCAGUCAAGUACAUCCUUACUGGAGAAGGGGCUGGAACUAUAUUUAUUAUUGAUGACACUACAGGAGACAUUCAUUCAACCAAAAGCCUGGAUCGAGAGCAGAAAACACACUAUGUGCUGCAUGCCCAGGCUAUCGACAGACGAACAAACAAGCCUCUUGAGCCUGAAUCUGAAUUCAUUAUCAAAGUGCAGGACAUCAAUGACAAUGCACCCAGAUUUACAGAUGGACCAUACAUUGUUACUGUGCCAGAGAUGUCUGAAAUGGGUACCUCUGUUCUACAGGUAACAGCCACAGAUGCCGAUGACCCUACCUAUGGGAACAGUGCUCGGGUGGUGUACAGUAUUCUUCAGGGACAGCCAUAUUUCUCUGUUGACCCUAAAACAGGAGUUAUCAGGACUGCCUUGCAUAAUAUGGACAGGGAAGCCAGAGAGCAUUAUUCUGUUGUCAUUCAAGCCAAAGAUAUGGCUGGGCAGGUCGGAGGGCUAUCAGGGUCAACGACUGUAAAUAUCACACUCACUGAUGUCAACGACAAUCCACCAAGGUUUCCUCAGAAACAUUACCAGCUGUAUGUUCCUGAAUCAGCUCAAGUUGGAUCAGCAGUAGGCAAAAUCAAAGCAAAUGAUGCAGACACUGGAUCGAAUGCAGACAUGAAGUACACCAUCAUAAACAGUGAUGGCUCUGGCGUGUUCUCCAUAUCCACUGACAGAGAGACACGAGAAGGAAUUCUUUCCCUGAAGAAGCCACUGAACUAUGAAAAGAAGAAAUCCUAUACACUUAAUAUAGAAGGUGCAAAUACCCACCUUGACUUUCGCUUCUCACAUUUGGGACCAUUUAAGGAUGUAACUAUGCUGAAGAUCAUUGUUGGAGAUGUGGAUGAACCUCCACUUUUCACCAUGCCUUCCUACACUAUGGAAGUUUAUGAAAAUGCAAAGAUCGGGACUGUUGUUGGCACUGUGACAGCACAAGAUCCCGACAGUGCUAACAGCUUAGUAAGAUAUUUCGUUGAUCAUAAUUCAGAAGAAGAUAGAUAUUUCACCAUUGAUGCUAACACUGGAACCAUUAAGACUGCCAAGAUCUUUGACAGAGAGGAAACACCUUGGUAUAACAUUACAGUUGCUGCUUCUGAGAUAGACAAUCCUGGCCUGCUGAGCCAUGUUCCAGUUGGCAUUAGAAUCCUGGAUGUCAAUGACAACCCUCCAGAGCUUGCCAGAGAAUAUGAUAUAGUUGUCUGUGAGAAUGCAAAGCCUGGUCAGGUUAUUCAGACUAUCAGUGCCACUGACAAAGAUAUCUCUGCAAAUGGGCCAAGAUUCCGUUUUUCUCUUGAUGAGGGCCUUUCUUUGAAUCCCAACUUUACACUAAGGGACAAUGAAGAUAAUACAGCCAGCAUCCUGACCAGACGGAGAAGAUUCAGUCGAACCACUCAAGAUGUCUAUUACCUCCCUAUUUUGAUUUCUGAUACUGGAAUCCCCUCUCUGAGCAGUAGCAGCACACUUACAAUCAGGGUGUGUGCAUGUGAGAGAGAUGGACGUGUGCGGACCUGUCAUGCUGAAGCUUUCCUCUCCUCAGCUGGUUUGAGCACGGGAGCUUUAAUUGCAAUUCUUCUCUGUGUCCUCAUCCUUCUGGUUUUCUCUUUAGCUAUUGUGGUCCUUUUCAUCACACUAAGGCGCAGCAAAAAGGAGCCGCUGAUCAUUUCUGAGGAAGAUGUCCGGGAAAACAUUGUCACAUAUGAUGAUGAGGGUGGUGGGGAGGAGGAUACUGAAGCAUUUGACAUCACAGCCCUGAGGAAUCCAUCGGCAGCUGAGGAGCUGAAGUAUCGGCGGGAUGUACGGCCCGAAGUGAAACCCACACCAAGACAUCAACCUUCCUCCAGCCUCGACAGUAUAGAUGUUCAAGAAUUUAUUAAACAAAGACUGGCAGAGGCUGAUCUGGAUCCCAGUGUGCCCCCAUAUGACUCACUACAGACAUAUGCAUAUGAGGGUCAUAGAUCAGAAGCCGGAUCUAUCAGCUCUCUAGAUUCAGCUACUACACACUCUGACCAGGAUUAUAAUUACCUUGGUGACUGGGGACCAGAGUUCAAGAAGCUAGCUGAACUCUAUGGAGAAAUAGAAUCAGAAAGAACAACUUAGUUAUCAUUCUUGGAACAAGAAAUGUUUUAGUUCCCAAACAACUGGAGGUAUAACCACAGCAACAGUAACAAUACAUGAAUAACUUGCAACUGAACAAGUUGUACACAGUUACGGUGGGAAAAAAGUGUCCUUUUCACAUUUGAAACUGGGUUCUUCAGUUGGAAGAAAAGCAAAUUUAAAAAAAUACAAAAAAAAGAGAUACUGCUGUCCCUUGUGUAUAUUUUUUAAUUGCUCAAUAAAGUCUGUGGUACCACAUCCGUAACAAUAUAUAAAAUAAACCAAGCAAUGACAUUUUUAUUGCAAUAUGUAUAACAUACCAGAGCUACAGUAAGUCUAUGAUGGUGCCUGUUUAUGAGGAUAGCUCUCUGGAGAGCUAAUCUUAUGCAGAGGGUUGUGAAACUAUUUCUAGCUCUUCUUAAGGCCUUGGGACCAGCCUAAAGUAACCAAUGGGGUUUAUUACUGAUGUGACAGCCUCCUGCAAUCCAUUCCUUUACAGAAAGUAUACACGGGGACUAUCCUUUCAAAUGGUUUUUUCAUAUGGGCCCUUUGUGCCCCUCUAAAUAGUUAGGAGGAGAAUGGUUGCCGAUAUAAACACGUGUGCAGCCCAUAUUCACCAGGCCUGCGCUAUUUACGGAGUGGUGCAGAAGCUGUCACAGCCAUUGUUUCUGACUUGUCUUUUUAUCUUUCCACAAAAAUCCAAAUGGAAUAAUAUGAAAUAUUCCUUAUGCAGUGAAGCAGAUAAGGCAUAGGCAGUCUUGCUAAAAGUAACAAUGGAGGCACCAUUACCUAUGCAGGAGUUCAGGUCACUGGGCUUCACUGGGAUGAUGCUAACUAUUUUCAUGCUGCUCUGUGGCCAGAAGCUACAACAGUCAUUUUAUGACUCUAGGGAUUUCCUAGUCACGUGUCACAUUUAUUUGCAUAUUAAUGUGACCAAAGGAAAAAAUACAGCUGCUGGUAAAAUAUUGUCUCAAUGUGGAAAACAAGGAGUUUAAGUUGAUGCUACUUGGGUUAUUUAUUUAUUUAUUUUCUAUUUAAUUUUGCCUAAUGCUGAAGGAUCUUAAAAAAUUCCCCAUGAGGCACAACAAGGUGUAUUCUUUUUGUUUUCCUAAUUUAAUGUUUGAUGGGUACAUGAGCAUACUUUAAGGUCAGUGGAGGUGGAAAAAAGUUAAAUGUAAAAUGCCAUUACUGGGGUUCACAUUGAGUUGAAUAAAUCAAGCUACUCCAUUGUUAAUUGUCUAUCAUUAUGGAUGCUGCAGUGUCAGCAUUUUAACACUCAAUCCAGCCUUUUGUCACAUUUUCCUUAGGGAAGCAGGAAAGAAGUUUUCUUCUGUUCUUUGUCUGUCAUACUCCCAUGCUCUAAUAGGCCCAGGCAUCACAAUAAUCUGGUAGGAAAAGGAUGACAGCCCAGCAUUAAGAGUGGUGUGGUGUUUGAAAGCUCCUUAGGGGAGGCUGGGGAAGCAGAUUUUUUCCCCAACCUCUGCACUGCACAAGGGAGUAAUAUCUGCUACUCUGCUCUUUUAAAUGGUUAAGGUUAAAAAUGCACCAAUCCUAGACUUAGUAAGCAAGUAUGGAGGAGCAGCAACACCAGUGAAUCAUUCUUAACAUGCUCUCCACUGUAUCUUUCCCCACCCUUCCCUGUACUUUUAGGAUGCCAUUUGCCCUCAGGUUAGUAGAAUAAGAAACAUUUUUGCUUUACCCAUCAGGCAGAGUCAUCAGUUGUAUGUGUCCGUUCAGGCUAUACAAGGGAGCUGGGAAACUCCUUAAGCCCUCCGUCACCACUACAUGCCUGCAAAAGAGAUAGCUAAAGACUGGACCUUCUGAUAAGCUCACAAUGACUUUACCUUUGAGAUUUUGGAAGUUUUUAUAAGUCCCAUAUGACACUAUAUAGACAAAUCCUUUCAGGCUCAUGCUGUCUAUCUGCUGUAUUAAUAGAAAGCUCAGAAGCUUGGAA